AUGGCCUCGAGAAAUUAUGCGAGUGUCUCAAAAACAGUUGGCCAGUAUCUUAGAAAGCCAAAAGCAAACGGAAAAUAUACAGUGACGCUAAUUCCAGGAGAUGGUAUUGGCCCGGAGAUCUCCAAGGCUGUGGAGGAAAUAUAUGAUGCAGCUAAAGUUCCUAUUGACUGGGAGCCAGUUGAUGUGACUCCAUCGUUGAUAAAUGGAAUUACGACAAUUCCAAAACCGGCAGUCGACUCCAUCUACAAGAAUACAGUUGCCUUAAAGGGACCGCUUGCCACACCUGUGGGAAAGGGCCACCAGUCGUUAAAUCUCACCUUGAGAAGAACGUUUGGUUUAUUUGCCAAUGUUCGACCUUGCAAGUCUGUUGAGGGAUACGAGACUCCUUACAAGAAUGUGGAUACUGUUCUCAUCAGAGAGAACACAGAGGGAGAGUAUUCCGGUAUUGAGCACGUGAUUGUCCCAGGAGUCGUGCAAUCGAUCAAGUUGAUCACCAAAAAGGCUUCUACACGUGUCAUCAAGUACGCUUUUGAGUAUGCACGGGCCAACAACCGUCCAAAGGUGCUGGUGGUGCACAAAUGCUCAAUCAUGAAGAUGUCCGACGGUCUCUUUGUGAAAACAGCAAGAGAAGUUGCUAAAGAGUACCCAGACAUCGAGUUGGGCUUCGAGAUUUUGGAUAAUACCGCCCUCCGCUUGGCCUCAGACCCUUCACACUUCAAGAGUCUCGUUAUGGUGAUGCCUAACUUGUACGGUGAUAUUCUUUCCGAUCUUUCCUCCGGCUUAAUUGGUGGUUUGGGACUUACUCCUUCCGGAAAUAUGGGUGAGAAAGUUGCAAUCUUCGAAGCUGUCCAUGGUUCCGCUCCUGAUAUUGCUGGAAAGGGCUUGGCCAACCCAACUGCACUUCUUCUUUCCUCAUGUAUGAUGCUCAGACACAUGGGCUUGAAUCCUUAUGGAGACAAGAUUGAAAGUGCUGUUCUUAAGACCAUUGCUUCCUCGCCUGCUAACAGAACCAGAGAUUUGAAGGGAACUGCAUCAACUGAACAUUUCACGCAGGCUGUGAUCUCCAACUUGUGA